GCGCUCACACACACACGGAUGGGUUUCAAGAGCGGAGCCCCCGCGUGCCUCCUCCUGCCCCCUUCCAGAGCCCAGCAGCAAGCCGGAGGAGCUCGCGUGCUGCGCCCGGGCCAGGUAUGAAGCAUCCCAUAAGCCCUGACCACAUCUUUGGAUAUGGAAUUAUGAAUCCACCAGCAUUUCUGCGGGGCUUUGAAGAAAAAGGACUGAGACAUGACAGGCCAGAGUAUCAAUUAAGCAAAGAGAAAAAGAAGAUACUGUUUUCCUUCUGUGAGGUGUGCAAUAUACAGUUGAAUUCAGCAGCCCAAGCUCAGGUUCAUUACAAUGGAAAGUCUCAUCUGAAAAGAGUUAAGCAGCUGAAUAAUGGAAAGCUACCUACAAAUACAACCACAGGAACUCUGUUUGCAGGCACCAACACAGGAAGUACGUGCCAUACUACUACACUCCCCACCCUUGUUCGGACGCCUACACUCAUGAUGCAGCCCUCCCUGGAUAUCAAACCAUUUGUAUCCUUUCCGGUGGAUGGCAGUUCUGCUGUUGGGCUGUUCCCAAAUUUCAACACUAUGGAUCCGGUGCAAAAAGCAGUCAUAAACCACACAUUUGGCGUGUCGCUCCCCCCAAAGAAGAAACAAGUCAUUUCUUGUAAUGUCUGUCAACUUCGCUUUAACUCUGACAGCCAGGCCGAGGCCCACUACAAAGGAAGUAAACAUGCCAAGAAGGUCAAAGCACUAGAAGCAACGAAAAGUAGACCAAAAGCUGGUGCUUCCAAGGACAGCGCAAAGGCUAAUGCGAACGGCUCUGCUACGCCAGUCCCGGCCAGCAUCUCUGACAAAUCAGAAGAAAGGGCAAACCUGAAAGCUGAUGACUCUAGUCACCUUCCAGAUGCUGAAGUGGUCCCCUUUAUAUCCGAGUCUGGAACAAUAGCAGCAGUAGGAGCCACAACAGCAGCAACACUCUCAGCCCCAACUUCCUCGAAGAGCACAAAUGGAAUUACUAAUGCCAUUUCAGAAUCAGAAGAGGAGAAAGCCAAAAAACUGCUUUACUGUUCAUUAUGCAAAGUGGCUGUGAAUUCCCUUUCACAGCUAGAAGCGCAUAACACUGGUUCCAAGCACAAGACAAUGGUUGAGGCACGGAACGGUGCAGGUCCAAUCAAAUCUUAUCCUAGACCUGGAUCCAGGCUGAAGACCCAUGGCACUACUACAGGCUCAGGAUUGCAAAACAAAACAUUUCAUUGUGAGAUCUGUGAUGUCCAUGUCAAUUCGGAAAUUCAACUUAAGCAGCACAUUUCCAGCCGAAGACACAAAGACAGAGUCGCAGGGAAGCCAACGAAGCCGAAAUAUAGUCCUUAUAACAAGCUUCAGCGUAGUCCAAGUAUUCUAGCAGCAAAACUCGCAUUCCAGAAAGAGAUGAUUAAGCCCUUGGCGCCUGCUUUCCUUUCGUCACCUCUUGCCGCUGCCGCUGCAGCAGUAUCAACGACUUUGACUCUUCCUCCACGUCCUUCCGCUGCUUUGUUCCAGGCGCCCGCAAUACCCACCGCUCUCCUGAGGGCAGGGCACGGCCCAAUCCGAGCGACUCCGACUUCGAUCCUAUUUGCACCCUACUGAUUCUUUGAGUCAACAACACAUCACUAUGGCCAUUUGAAAGAAAGACAAAACGAAGUGAGCAAGCAUUGGCAUUGACUAUGUCUUUAAGGCUCCGUGCUGGAUUACUUCCCCACGAAACCAAUUGCAGAGCUCUUCCUUGAUGGGUAUUGGAAUCUAGAAAACAGAGGCUUGUUGCUAUUUCAUCUUUGUUGUUUUUUAAAAAAUAAAGAACUCAAUCAAUGGUUUAUGAGAAAUUUAAUUGUGCACAAAAUACAUCAAAGGUUCAUACAUCCGGGUGUUUUUUUGGUUUUUUUUCUGGUCUUAUGACCUGCGUUGUAAACAAGGAAUGUGGGAUUUUUUUUCCUGUCUGACUUGAAAACCAGGAUCUUCCUCCCUCAUGUGGAUGUACGUAGGCCUCUGGAAACCAUCUGGACAGAUUCUGGCAUGCAGCAAAAGCUAAAUGAAACAAGUGCUACGAUUGCUGAUGACAUCUCAAUAAUGGAUUGCAACUUCUUAUUUCCAAUGUGCUCCCCAUUGCUCGGGACUGUGUCUUGUUUUAGGCCUCAGUACUGGUGUAUCUUGUGUAGUACUCAAGAUUUAUCUCUCAUUUGAUUUUGAACCAUUUUAGUUGUCGUGGAAAUGUUUGGAAGCAGAGCAGCCUUGAAGCUUUUCUUUUUUUAAAAAAAAAUGUAAUGUAUGUCUUUAAUUUAAUAUUUUAUAUAGAAAGUUUAAGAAUGAGAAAGCCAUAUAUCAGAUAGUUAAGCUUAUGACUCAUUUCAUUUAAUUUAUUUGGGGCCAUAGCUAGACCUAAGGUUUAUCCCUGGAUCGUCCAGGGGUCAAACCUGUUCAUCUAGGUGACACACAGGGGAUCCAGUGCUCAGGCAGGGGUGAACCCUGGAUGAUCCCAGGAUAAACCUUAGGUCUAGCUGUGGCCUUGGUUUUGUCUAUUUCAUCUUCUCCCCCCACCCCCUGAACCCACUUCAGUGUUGCUAAACAACCAUUUCAAAUAAGAGCUUUAUCAUUUAUAUGUCAACUUCAUUGUUGAGACAAGGGGCAGGCAUAUUUUUAUUAUAUAUCUUCUUUAAUACAUAAAGAUGCUGCAUACGAUUGUGGCUCCCCAAUGCAAUAAUGUACAGGAGUUAAAAUAUUUAUAGAAUUUAUUGUCUCUUCUGUUGAAUGAAUAUAUUGUUCUGGCCGUCCACCUUCCCUGGUUUUUCCUGCAUUUUAUAAAGAUGAACUAGAUGUUGAAGACACAUCAUGUGUUGAUUGGGACAUUGAGGGUACUUCCCUAAAACAUCUUUACUUGCAAUCUGUAAAGAAUAAAAUAUAUGUGUAUUUUUUAAAAGCACAUUUGUA